AUGGAGGUGGACCCACCACGUCUGACGAGGACGGAGACGGCAGCGGUGACCGCUGAGGUGACACCCCCAGCUGUGUCCCCGGAUCACUCCUCUGCUGUCUCUGGCUCUGACCCCGGCCCCGCUGUUCCUACCCCUGCUGCCUCUGAGUCUGUCCUCGGCGCCGGCCCUCUCCUCGCUGACUCUGACUCCUGCCCUGGCAGCCCCGCUGACUCUGACUCCGACUCUACCGGCCCUCCCCCUACUGACUCUAACUCUAGCCCCGGCUGCUCCGCUGCUCCUCACUCCGCCUCCGGCCGUGACGUCCAGCAUAAGCGUGCCCGCUGCUCCUCCUCGACUGAGGGCUUGCCUCCUGAUGAGCCCGCCGACCCCUCUGCUUCUCGGGCGUGUAAGUCGCGGAGAGUUCAUGAUAGAAUGGAGGACUCUGAGUCGGGGUCGAGCUUGACAUCUUCAUCUGAGUCAGAGAUUUUCGUAGAUGUCCUCGACGGGGAGACUGCUCCUUCACCCAACGCGCCCCCCAUGAACAACCCUGCGGGUGUUGACGGUUGGCAAACGGUGGGCCCCAAGCGACAGCGUCGCUCCUUACCGGCUGACUCUGCCUUGUCCGCCGGCGCUUCUACCUCGCUGCCCCCUCGGCACCCCUCUCGCCCCCAGUCACCUCUGCCCCGGCCACCUCGGACUAUGAACGCCCCUGCCGCUGCUCAACCCGCUUCGCUGCCGAAGCUGCUCAUUCCGGCGACUGUCGGCUUCGAAACAACCCUCGAUCUCGCCGAGGCACUGGAGCAACAGCUGGGCGAACGCCUCUCGCUCAAGUUCCUGGAGUCGGGGUGUAUGUUAAUCACACCUGCAGACAGUGCCCAGCACGACACCCUGCUCGCGGUGAGGGAGGUAUCCGGCGUACCUGUGCAGCUGAGGGUGGCCCCCGGGGCGAACACCAAGGGCGUGCUGCUGGCAUACCCUGUUGCCAUGCCCCUCAAGCCCCUGUUGCGCCAUCCACGCGUGUUGGAGGCAGUGCGCUGCACCACCCGAGACGGACCGACGCGCCAGGUAUUCGUCACUGUCGCGGGGCCGCUGCCGGGCUCGUUGGACCUGGGAAACUGGGGGACCUUCUACACGCGCCCCUACAGCAAGGAGCCCCUCAGGUGCUACAAUUGCCAGCAGUUCGGCCACCAGCGGGCCAGGUGCAGCCGUCCCCCGGUCUGCGGCAUAUGCUCUGCCAGUCACGACACGGAGCGGUGCCUUUCCAAGUACAAGACUGGCCAGACCAUCACCAGCAGAUGCCCGAAUUGCCAGGGCGAACACCAUGCCUGGAAUCGGGCCUGCGCCAACAGGCGAGAGCUGGUCGACAAACAGCGCACUGUCCAACAGCGCUGGGUCGUCACUCAUCGCCCUGCUCCUCUCGGCACCUUCCGCUGGGGAGCCCAGCAGCCCCCCGCGUCCACGGCUGCUCCAACGCCCCGCCUCCCCCAGGCUGCCCACCAGCCAUCUCUUACACCCCCUUCACCAGCUCCGUACGAGGAGAGCUUCCCUCCCCUUACCCCACGCCAUCUGCCACCGGCCCAGCUCACCGCUCCCCAAGCGCCCGACGCCAGCCGCCAGCCCCGCCCCCUCACUACAGCAGCUCCCACUGCCGCCCCUCCCGGCUGUCUCCUCAUCACAAGGGAGAUGAUGGUGGGACUCUUGGAGGGCUUCGGGCGGAUUAUCGCAACGGCACUCAAGUCGGACGUCGAGCAGAGAGAGUUCUCGGACGCAGCGCAGCAGGUGGUGGGAAAUCUCUUCCCGGAAACGCCGGCCCAGCAAGCUGCCGUCCCUCCUGUGCAGGCUCCUUCCCCCGGCGGGCCAUCAUCAACCCCACCUACGCCGACCCCUCGUGCUCUGAAGACUCCCCUUCCACCUCCUCCUGCCCCCGUGCACGCGAGCAGCUCCGCACUCCUCCCAACCCCUCCGGCCGUUGCAACCAGCCAGCACCAUCCGUCCAACCUCCUGCGUGCUGCGAUGGCGAGAGAAUCUGUGGAUGUGGUUCUCCUGCAGGAGACGCUUCUUCCAGAACAGCGCGUGCCCUUCUUCCGGGGUUACCAGUCUUUUUACCUCCCUGCCGUGGCAGCCGUGUACUUCACCGACGGCUCCAUUCACCACCUGACGCGGGCUGUUGGGGCUGCCUUUGUGAGUGGGGGAGAGACUGCCCUUUACCGCCUUCCCGAUGGAAGCUCCUCCACGCAGGCGGAACUGGCGGCCAUCUCGAUGGCCCUUCUCCACGCUGAAGAAUCGGCAGCGGGGCCUGUCAUAGUCUACUCGGACUCGAUGACUGCCCUCCAGGCCAUCGACCGAGACAGCUUUGCUGACAAUAUCCGCCUCAUCACCUCCAUUUGGUGA